UGGCCCCCGCCCCCCUUGCCCCUACCCAGCCCGUAGUAGUUGCCCGGCGUGCGCCCGCCGAGCGCCAGUCGAGACCGGGAACAUGGCGCUCCGAGCGAUGUAGCCGCGGCGGAGGAGAAGCGGAGGAGGCGCCGCCGCUGCGCUGACAGCCAGCCACCAGAAAUAUACUGUGGCAAAAUGCUUCCACCUCUUGCCAAAAACACUGAAGAAAAAUGAAGAACACUGAAGAACUCCAACAAAAAGUUGCAGAACAGAAAUAGCCAAACUACUCUGGAGUCCAAUUCAUCCACAGCCAUCAAAAAAAGGUUUGCAUCAUGUUUGGAAAGAAGAAGAAAAAGAUUGAAAUAUCUGGUCCCUCCAACUUUGAACACAGGGUGCACACUGGGUUUGAUCCACAAGAACAGAAGUUUACGGGCCUCCCCCAGCAGUGGCACAGCCUGUUAGCCGACACAGCCAACAGGCCCAAGCCCAUGGUAGACCCUUCCUGCAUCACACCCAUCCAGCUGGCGCCCAUGAAGACAAUCGUUAGAGGAAAUAAACCGUGCAAGGAAACCUCCAUCAACGGCCUGCUGGAGGACUUUGACAACAUUUCCGUGACUCGCUCCAACUCCCUAAGGAAGGAAAGCCCGCCUACCCCAGACCAGGGAGCCUCCAGCCACGGUCAAGGCCAUCGGGAAGAAAAUGGCUUCAUCACCUUCUCACAGUAUUCCAGCGAAUCUGAUACCACUGCUGACUACACGACCGAGAAGUAUCGAGAAAAAAGUUUCUGUGGCGACGACCUGGAUCCAUUUUAUAAGAGCAGCCAUGUGGCCAAGCAAAAUGGGCACGUCACAAAGACCAAACACGGGGAGGCCCACUAUCCUGAGAUGAAGCCUUGGAAAUCCGAUCUUGCCAGAUUUCCCCUUGAUUAUCAUGCACACUUGGACUCACUAAGUAAACCAAGUGAAUACAGCGACCUCAAGUGGGAGUACCAGAGAGCCUCAAGCAGUUCCCCUCUAGAUUAUCCAUUCCAAUUCACACCUUCUCGAACUGCGGGGACCAGUGGGUGCUCCAAGGAGAGUCUGGUGUUCAGCGAAAGCGAGUGGGGACCCAGCCUGGAUGACUAUGAUAGGAGGCCAAAGUCGUCCUACCUGAAUCAGACCAGCCCUCAGCCUACCAUGCGGCAGAGGUCCAGGUCAGGCUCGGGGCUCCAGGAACCGAUGAUGCCCUUCGGAGCAAGUGCAUUUAAAACCCACUCCCAAGGACACUCGUACAACUCCUACACCUACCCUCGCUUGUCCGAGCCCACAAUGUGCAUUCCAAAGGUGGAUUACGAUCGAGCACAGAUGGUCCUCAGCCCUCCACUGUCAGGGUCUGACACCUACCCCAGGGGCCCCGCCAAACUACCUCAAAGUCAAAGCAAAGCGGGCUAUUCCUCAAGCAGCCACCAGUACCCAUCUGGGUACCACAAAGCCACCCUGUACCACCAUCCCUCCCUGCAGACCAGUUCCCAGUACAUCUCCACGGCUUCUUACCUGAGCUCCCUGAGUAUCUCAUCCAGCACCUACCCCCCACCCAGCUGGGGGUCUUCUUCCGACCAGCAGCCCUCCAGAGUGUCCCACGAACAGUUUCGGGCUGCUCUGCAGCUGGUGGUCAGCCCAGGAGACCCCAGGGAAUACCUGGAUAACUUUAUCAAAAUCGGAGAAGGGUCAACUGGCAUUGUAUGCAUCGCCACCGAGAAACACACGGGGAAACAAGUCGCCGUGAAGAAGAUGGACCUCCGAAAGCAACAGAGGCGAGAACUGCUUUUUAAUGAGGUUGUGAUAAUGCGGGAUUACCACCAUGACAACGUGGUUGACAUGUACAACAGCUACCUUGUCGGCGAUGAGCUCUGGGUGGUCAUGGAAUUUCUAGAAGGCGGUGCCUUGACAGACAUUGUCACUCAUACCAGAAUGAAUGAAGAACAGAUAGCUACCGUUUGUCUGUCGGUUCUAAGAGCUCUCUCCUACCUUCACAAUCAAGGAGUGAUUCACAGGGACAUAAAGAGUGACUCCAUCCUCCUGACAAGUGAUGGCCGGAUAAAGUUAUCGGACUUUGGUUUCUGUGCUCAAGUUUCUAAAGAGGUGCCCAAGAGGAAAUCACUGGUUGGCACUCCCUACUGGAUGGCACCUGAGGUGAUUUCUAGGCUACCUUAUGGGACAGAGGUGGACAUCUGGUCCCUCGGGAUCAUGGUGAUAGAAAUGAUCGAUGGCGAACCCCCCUACUUCAAUGAGCCUCCCCUCCAGGCCAUGCGGAGGAUUCGGGACAGUUUACCUCCAAGAGUGAAGGACCUACACAAGGUUUCUUCAGUGCUCCGGGGAUUCCUAGACCUGAUGCUGGUGAGGGAACCCUCCCAAAGAGCCACAGCCCAGGAACUCCUUGGACAUCCAUUCUUGAAACUGGCAGGUCCGCCAUCUUGCAUCGUUCCUCUUAUGAGACAAUACAGACAUCACUGAGUAGAGGAUUCUACUGGUGGAGUAGUUGGAAGAGCUAGAUGAGGACAUGAGAAUAAUUCAGGAGAACCUGAGGAACAUGAAAAAGGCCUGUGUACUCUAACCAGCUGAUCAGUGGGACAAUGUGAUGACAGGCAGGGUUCAACAGACCAGGGCAUCUUCUUGUGUCUUAAAACAGGCAUCUCUCCACUGACAGCUGGCAUGAUCAUUUGGAACAUGGCUUUAAUAAGUCAUUAUUAUAUUUUUCAACACUUCAUCCAGCAAAUCAGAAGGACUCAGUACAAACUCCAUUAUGACAUAUCCUAGCCACAUGCAGGGUAAUGCAUAGGAUUUUCUAUAUUGAAAGAAUACUUUUCUGGCAAAAAAAAAAAA